GAAAGACAAGAAAUUCGGUGAGGAUUAUUACCAAUUACAUAAAUAUCAUCUGGUGAAACUUAUUGAGAUUGUUAAGAACAUGACGACGACAGAUCCUGAAUUACCGAUCACUCCUAUUGUCUACCAGGAGAGUUAUGCUGACGAAUGUGGAAUUGACCUCGAUACAAUCAUUCAUGUCUGGAAAACUGUAGAUUGGGAGAAACACGUCUACAAUGCCACUCUAGAUGGAUAUAAGGUUAUAGUUUCUGGGACAUGGAAUCUUAAUGACAUACAAUCUGAUCUUGAUUGGAUGAGAUAUUACUCACAGAAUAUCAGAGAUUUUGGAGGCCUAGAGGUGCUGCUACAGCUGAACGACUUUGGACGAAAUACCCUGACAAUAUCACCGAAUUCGGAAAGAGAUUGGAUGAACUUCGAUGCAGAAUGCGCCAGUGAGUUUCCCUCUACAUACAGUCAUGCAUUUUCUGUUAAAAUAUUGUGGUUCUGUAGCCACCUGUUGCAAGUAUGAAUGGGACACUGUGAUAUGGUUAUGUCAGUAAUCUCUUUUCCUGGACAUUCGGUGUGAUCGAAUAAGCUGCAAGCGAAUUAUUCCGUGACAUACUGUUUGACGAAUUGAUAACUGAUCGUAGCUAAUAUUACCAAACAUGAAUGUCAUCAGAGAUGUUAGACGUGUCAUGUCUGAACUCUUGAUAUAAAUACUUUACAUCCUCAGUGUAAAAAUGAAUGUGUAGUGUGUAGAUGCUCUCAGUUGUCGCGAUCUCGGAAUCUUUCAAUAAUAAUAAUACCCCGUUUUCUGUGCAGAGGACAGUAGAGACAGUCAUCACAUAAUGU